AUGUCCGUUGCACAUGAUUCUGUCGCGCCGGCGGUGGGCAAUUACUUGGAUCUUUCGCAGUUGGAUGUAAUCAUUCUCCCCACACACUCUUUUAGUCCCAUCGCAGAUCUCCUCGUCUUAAUUAAAGGGGGCGAAACCAAACAAGGAACAUCGUCAUCAUCUUCUUCUUCCUUUAUGUCGAGCUAUAAAUACAGCAACAUCCAGCUUCAGGAGAUCGAUCUGCAAAGGCCACCAGAAGAGAGGAGACCGAUGGAUCUGUUCCGGCUCGUAUUAUGGUGCUCUCUGCUGUUGUUGGCCUUCUGCUUGGGGGCUGAGGGACGUCGUUUAGGUUGUCAAGGUGAGUCGGGCAGCUGCUUGAAUCGGGAGACUGCUCCACCCAAGGAUGGAAGCAGCGAGGUACAUGGUGCGAAGCAGGAGGUGUUCGAGCAGAGAGACCGGCGACCACCGGAGGCAGGAUUGGCGACAGCGGAAGUGGUGAGGCCGGAGCUGAGGUGGGCCCCCUCCGGACCGGACCCACUGCACCACAACGGCAGCCCGAAGAAGCCGCAGACGCCGUGA